UCCACCACCCGCGAUUAGGAUUUAGGCAUCAACCGCCAAAACCGUCGUCCUUCGCGGGGCGUGAUAUCUCAGCGGAAUUCAAUUCCCUCCCUUCCGCCUCCACAUUUAAUACGCCUCUUUUUCUCCUCUACCGAAUCGCAAUCAAACAAAGAAGAAUGGAGGCUCAGAAUCCCCUCCAAAACGGCUGCGUCUCCGAUUGCACUCCGUCAAUGCCCGAUCAUCACCGGAGCGAUGGAUCUGCUCUCAUCUUCCUUGGGACGGGAUGUUCGAGCGCUCUCCCCAACGCAAUGUGCCUUCUCCAGCCCUCCGAUCCUCCCUGUGCCGUCUGCCAUCAGGCGCUCUCUGUUCCACCCGAGCUCAACCCUAACUAUAGGUGCAACACAUCUCUUCUAAUUGAUUAUUGUCAAAGUGAUGGUAAACACAGCUAUUUAUUGAUUGAUGUUGGGAAGACGUUUAGGGAACAAGUGCUUCGGUGGUUUACUUUCCAUAAGAUCCCUCAAGUGGACUCUAUUCUUUUGACCCACGAACAUGCUGAUGCAGUUCUUGGUCUGGAUGAUAUACGAGCCGUGCAACCAUUUAGUCCUAUAAAUGAUAUUGAUCCAACUCCUAUUUACCUUUCUCAGCAUGCAAUGAAUAGCAUUUCAACAAAAUUUCCAUACUUGGUUCGGAAAAAACUAAAGGAAGGCCAAGAAGUUAGACGGGUUGCACAGCUUGACUGGAAGAUAAUUGAAGAACACUGUGAUAAACCGUUUGUUGCCUCAGGCCUACACUUUGUUCCAUUACCAGUUAUGCAUGGCGAAGACUAUAUCUGUUUGGGUUUUCUUUUUGGUGAAAAAAGCAGAGUAGCUUAUAUAUCUGAUGUUUCGCGCAUUCCUUCUACUACAGAAUAUGUGUUAUCUAAGACCGGAGCUGGACAGCUGGAUCUUCUUAUCCUGGACACAUUAUACAAGAAUGGAUCUCAUAAUACUCACUUUUGCUUCCCACAGACUCUAGAAGCUGUGAAGAAGCUAUGUCCAAAGCAAGCUCUGUUAAUUGGGAUGACUCAUGAGUUUGAUCACCACAAGGACAAUGAUUUUCUAACUGAAUGGUCUAAAAGGGAAGGAAUUCCAGUGCAGCUUGCACGUGAUGGUUUGAGAAUCAGCAUAGACUUGUGAUAAGUAUCACACCUGAAGCCCACAUAACCAGACCAGGACUAUUUUUGAAGCCACAAUAGUACGGCUUUGACCUCUCACAGAACAUGUUAAACUUGAGUUUAUGAGUGUGUGAUUGUAGCGUGACUAGCGGUGGACAGUGGCAUAAUUAACUGCUGUCUGGUUCUUCUAUCUUUUGUAUGCAUGCUAAUGAUUAUUAAGAUUGCAGAUAAGAAAUGCAAGAGCCUAUAAAUGUAUUAUUUUGUGAUAUCUA